UUCAACUGACUCAUGAUUUCAACCGAUGAAAAAUAAUAAUAAUAAUUUCAUUUAUUAUUGUUAUAAUAGGUAAAUUCAAGUCGUAGAAUUGCUGAACAAACAGUAACAAAUUUAACUAUACAAGCAACAACUAUAAAAGAACGUAUAGCUGAUAUGUAUAAUCUUACAAAAAAUUUAAUAAAUGAAGCUGAAAAAUAUGUCAAUCUAUACAGUAGUAUGAGUCAAGAGAAAUUCGAUGAAAUUUUAAGAACCCUUCAAAAUGCAAAAUUGAAUGUUAGUCUAUAUGAAGCAGAACAGAUAAUUCAACAAUUAGAAAAAUAUGCUAUAGACUUGGAGGAUAAAGUUAAACGUAUUUUAGCCGAAACUGAAUUGGAUCGUCAACGUACUGGGAAUUUAUUAAGACGUGCUGAAACUAUUAGAGAUAAAGCAAAAGAUUUUAUGGAACAAAUUAAUCAGUUGAAAGAGGCCGAUAAGAUCUACCAAGGAAUAGAAGAGAAACCAAUUAUUCAAAAAGUUGAUGACGUUGAAUUAUUCGAUCAAAUUACACAAUUAACUGAACAAAUAGAUGGAUUCAAAAACCAAGUUAUUAUGUUCUCACGUGAUUCAAGUUUUCAAUCGGAUAAAGCGAAAGAGGCUUCUGAAGUAGCAGAUGACCUACUGUCAAGUACUAAUGUUGCUAGACGUGAAACUUUAGAUACAUUACAACAAAUUGAACUUGUUGAAAUCACAUUCAAGCAAUUAGACGAGAAAAUGUUAGAACUUGACAAAUUGAUGCGUGCAUUAGAUACAGGUGGUCGUGAUACUGAAGAUGAACGUUUACCAGAUACUACAUUAACUGAUCCAGCUAAACUAAUGGAAGAAAUUCAAAAUUAUACCAGUACUUUAGAACUAAAUACAGAUGAAGUUAAAAGUAUAUUAACAAAUUUAAAAAGAUUAGAAAUAGAAAGUGAAUAUUUAACUGAUGAAUUAAAAGGUUAUAUGGAUAAAAUGCAUAAAUUAAAUAUACAUUUAUCACGUACUACAAAACAUCAUCAAUUAUGCACUUAA